AUGAAUGCGUUUAAAUUUCAAAGCGGAAGCAAACAGAUGGAGGUUUGUGACACUGACAGGACCUUUUGCACACUCGACGACGUUCGGCAAGUGGGUCGGCAGGCUUUGCGAGCACGUGUUGCCAUAAAUAAAUAUACGUCACCGGCGAAGAAAUCGGGAAUCGGGAAAGUCCGCCGGCCUGGCCAUGGGCUCCGGAGGCGAAAUGUGCUCAGCCUUGAACCGACAACCGACAACCGUCAACCGUCCGUCGGAGGCGAGAAAUUAGAAUCGACUCGGCUGCAGGUUGUCCUUGUGGGAUCGUCUGGGUCACAUAUCGAUAUCGAGCUCAGACCUCAGGCGGACCUCUACGGUGUGCUUCACCGUGACCGCGGCCAACCACCGGGCUGUCAUUCGUAUUUCUUCGUGGAUUACCUUCGGUAUUGGGCUAUUUGGCUACUAUGUAGAUCGCAAAACGUUUCAAGGGCGCCAAUAACGCAUCAAGGAGGUGCAAUUAUUGACGGAAGUUGGCACGCACGCACGAAGCCUUUCCGAGUUCUGUUGCAAGAUCUGCCGAGUGCGGUUGUGGCUGAACGGAUUCAACGGAGAUUCGGACACGCAUCUUCUGAUCUACCCCGCACAGCCGCAGCCAUGGCAAUUGAACGGGGAACUUUGCGGAAGGGCACUGUAGAACAUCAAGGACGAUAUCAGAAUGGGCUGGACUCGACUCGUGGACGAAACGAUCUCUUUGUAACGUUGGUUGAUUUCUGUGGUGGACCGCAUCGCUCCGAUCUCAGUUCCAGAGAGUCCGAUAAGGUGUGCAAAGGACCCUGGAUAUUAAACCGUUGUCCGCAGGGGAAGUACACAGACGCGUUGACGUCGCAGGAGCACAAACUGGAGCUAGCAUCCCCGCCGAGAGCCGAUGUCGACAAAACAGAGACGGACAUAGACAUAAAGCAGACAAUACAGAACACAGAUCCCAACCCUGCACCGACUCCAUCGACAUCGACACCGACAUCUCCACCCCACAUCGGCAUCGGGGAAUCCGCAUCCGCCAUAGCAUCCAUCUCGUUAUAUGACAUACACGGUCGCAAUCGCGAUUCGCCCGUCAUCGACGAUGGCUGUUUUAGCGAUGUGAAUUACGGAGUGGUUUUUGGAUGGAGGCGUACCGCGUACGAAAGGAGUAGCUUGGGAACUACAAAGGGUGCUCGGAGAGGCGAUAUCGUUGGGCGGAUUCGACUUGGGGAUGGGGUCCGUGUCCAAGAAUACAAACGUGCGAGCUAUCAAAGCAUCCAAGAAAGCUUCGAAUAUGAACAAGUUCUUAUUAUUCUUCCCGAAGUUGCCACUUCCCCGACUGGCCUAGUCAGAGCUCUAUGCCGACUUCUCCGGAAUCUCCGUGAGGGACAAGGAGAACUCACAAUGGAAUUUCCAUAUGCAGAUAGUUCUUGUAGGCACAAGAUGCACGAGGAAAUAGUAUAUGCAACGGAAGGGCCGGAACAGUGGGACCAAUCAUCAUCAGCGCGUUCAUGCUAG